AAUUAAUAAACUUCUUACCUCGAUGGACGAAUCCACAAAGCUUCAGGUAUACCAGAAACUCUCACGAGAACUCCUGAAGGAAAUUGACGAAGAAGCUCUCAACAACAUGGGGAUGUUUGAGAAGAUCGAGGUGGUGACGAUGCUAAUGGUGAAGCUCAACUUUUUGAUUAUUCGGUACUCAAUCCCGUUUUCCAAGAUGCUUUAUGUGAAGUUCACCUCCAACCAGAUGUAUGUGGUCAACAACAACAAUUUCAACAAGCUACUUGGGUUGGCGAUCCGGAUGAUGAGUCGAGCCGAUCUGUCGUGGUCGCAGACCACUCGUGAGGUUUCUUCGGUACUGGAGGUAUAUGAGCUGGAGAGUGAGUACGAAAAUGACAUUGACGAUAUCAAGUAUGAGAAUCAGAUAAACUUUGGGCCUUUAAACUUGACGCCUAUAGGGGUGUGGCAGAUGUAUAACCAGGGAAGGGCUGGUCUCACGACGCUUUUCAACCUGGCAGAGGAGUUUGCCCGGCAGUUGUAGUAUGUAUAAUGAAUGGACGAUUUGGCUGCAAAAA